ACAUGGGGCCAGACAGAACACCGCUGUUGUAGAUUUCACUUCGAUCUCGAUUCUAUAUUCUUCAAUCACAGGUAAAGAUAUUGGGAGCUAAAGUUUCCUGACACCUAUAUUUUUUAUGAAUCGGACGGCUUUUUGUUCUUAAUCAUGAAUUCAAUGAUAAAAAUAGGUUUGCCAUUGAAAUUGAAAUGGGUUUCAGUAUUAUUUUCAAAGAUUACAACCACUACUCCCACCCACAUGGGAGAUGCUUGGGGCCCGAAGCUCAGGAGGAGGAGAGUCCUCUUCCCAUUACCAUUGCCCAAAUGCAGCAUUCCAGAGGCCAAGGGCCCGGACAUGGAUUUCAUCAAUGUGGCCUACAGCAACCUCAUUCAUGCUCACUGGGAUUUCCUCUCUCAAAUUGCCUCUACGCUCACCCCGUUCAGGGUAAGCCAUGUUUUGCUCAAGACGCACAGAGACCACGUACUUGCCAGGCAAUUCUUCAACUGGGCUGGGCAGCAGAGUGGUUUCAUCCACAGCAUUGAAACACACUGCUUGAUGUUUCACAUUCUGACUAGGGCCAACAAGUUCAAAGCUGCUGAAGCUAUCAUGAGAAGGGUCAUUGCUCCUAAAGUAGGGAAUCCUGGUCCUGAAAUCUUCCAAACAUUGGUGAAUACAUACAGGCUAUGUGACUCUACUCCCAGAGUAUUUGAUGUCCUUUUCAUGAUUUAUGCCCAUUCCAACAAGCUUAGAAAUGCAAGAGAUGUCUUUUGUUGGAUGAAGAGCUACGGGAUUUUGCCUACAACUGAGACCUGUAAUGCUUAUUGUAGCUCUCUCCUCAAGAGAAAUAGGCAUGAUAUAGUCUGUCAUUUUUAUGGAGAGAUGCUUCUCAGUGGGAUCAGCCCUAAUGUCUACACCUUGAAUAUGGUAAUCCAUGCUUUCUGUAAAACUGGCAAGUUGCAAAAGGCUGGUGACGUUUUUUGGAGAAUGGAAGAGCUGGGUUGCAGUCCUAAUGUGGUUUCGAUGAAUGCUAUGAUUGAUGGUUAUUGCAAGAUUGGGCUUGUAACUGCUGCUUUGAAGCUUAUGAGGGAGAUGUCAGUCAAAGGCUUGGUGCCUGAUAUUAUUACUUACAAUGCACUUAUUCAUGGACUCUGCAAAGAAGAGAAGGUGCACGACGCAAACAAGCUGUUUUAUGAGAUGCAGAGGAUGGGCUUGUCUCCAAAUACUGUUACUUACAAUAUACUGAUCAAUGCUUACGGUGAUCAGAAUGAUAUUGAGAUGACUUUGCGUCUUCACGAAGAAAUGAUACAAAAGGGUGUCCAGCUAAAUGUUGUCACGUACAAUGCUCUCAUUCGUUCUCUCUGCAAAGGGGGUAAGACGAGGAAAGCAAAUUACUUUUUGAAAGAAAUGACAGCAAAGAAAUUUGAGGCAAAUGCUUCUACGUUCUAUGCUCUUAUCGAUGGUCAUUGCAGGAGAAAAAAUAUCGAACAAGCAUUUCAGUUAUAUAAGAUAAUGGUCAAGAAAGGGUUCACACCCCAUGCCAUCAUUUUUAAAGCACUAAUCACAGGACUUUGUGAGGAUGGAGAUUUGCAGGUAGGAAUCAAAACACUGGAAGAAAUGGUGAGCAGGGCUCUGGUUCCAGAUGCGGAAAUUUUUUAUGCUUUGAUUCAAGGUCUUUGGAAGAGCGGCAAAAUUAAAGAUACAAUUAAGUUUCCAGUUGAACUUCAAACAGAGGUCUGAUGCACAGCGGUAGCAACUGACAUGUACAACACUCUCUCAAGUAAAUUAAUCAACAAAGAGAAGAAUUCAAGAGCCAACAAUCGGCUAAUAGAAAACUACGUUAAAGUCUUGGCUCUCUACAAUGCUUCGUGCCAUGAGUUGAUGGGUUGAUUUUUUAAUUGGACGGGAAUUUGUAGAGAAUGCUUUUGUAAGGGUGCAUUUCUCAGAUAAUAACCUUAACUAACUCAAACCAGACAUCUGGAAGGAAGGUAUGCUUUGUUAGAAAACUGCUGGUGGAAAUUGGGUCAGUGACGGUAUAAAUGAAAGUCGGAGGAAGAAUAUUUGUAUACAUAUUGCUGGAAUUUUAUUUUAUGCUUGACAGAAUAGAAAAACUUGACACGGGAUAGAAGUUCUUCCACAUUUUUAUAUCAUUCAUGAAAUACUAAAUGGGGUUGCAAUUUGGUAAAUCCAUCUAGAGAUUGGAGUUUUUUAAACUAAUCUGGAUUCUUUCAAGGAGGUUGGAUUUUCCUAGGGCUCUCUGGGUUAACGUUUUGGUGUGACUUGAAUCAUUUUCUAAUGGGAUCUGGAUCAUUUGUCUUUGAAUCAUAAGUGCGGUCUUAACGUAUCUUGGUUCAUUGUGGCCAAACAUUUCAAUGCACAGUAGAACUGGAUUAUAACCAUCAACAUCGCAGAGAAAAAAGGUGCAGUUCUUUCAAACGACAAUGACGGUCAAGUUGUUCUGGAGUCUAUAUAAUGUUUGCGACAUGAAUAUUCUCGAUAAAAAUGCAAGAGUAUAGCUCCUGUAUCAUUGUUUCACCACUUCAAAUGUUAAAAAGCAAGGAGGCACUCGUAUCUCAAAGCAGACUGAUUUAAACCAGAAAAGAAAAAUUAUCAACUGCUCGUCAUUUAAACAGACAUCAAGGAACUUCCCUUGCCUGCUAGAGACAUCUCCUGCAGGAAAGAGCUCCUACAAGUUUCCUUGCAUAUGUCUCUGAAAUGCCUAUCUUUCCCUCAAAUGUGUACUCUACCAGAGGUUAUGCUAAUCCAGAUUUUAGUGGCGACAACUAUUGGUCUUCCAGAAGAAUCUAUACGGUGGUGGUUGCUAUAUCUUUUAUGGAAUGGUCUUCAUGUUCUAAGUUCAUGCCAUGUCUUUCAUAUACAUGAUUUCAUUUGUAAUUUCCCUGAUACUAAAUGAUAUUAAAAUUUCAAUUGAGAAUCUGAAUUUUGGAGUACGGUUUUUAAAAUUCUGAAAAGGGCUUCCAACAGUUGCCUAGAUGGGAUCAGACAAAUUUUUUGACAUAGGCCAAGUGCCGGGGUUUUAUAAGGUAGUUUUAACAAUACUGCUAAAGGUUCCUCCCUGAGCCCAGAUGUAUUGCCUUGCUUGUAUAGAUAGAAUAUAAGCAUUUGAUGAAUAACAUGGGAUCUUUGAUUCUCAAGACAGAGUUCACUUGGAGCUGGAGAUAUAGUACAAACUUAGACUAGAUUUAAAACUCUGUAAAAAUCCUCUUGAAAGGCACAGCAAAUUGUACUACAGAUAAAAUCUCUUUAACUCCUGUAAGUUACACAUUAUGGUAAGGGUUGUCACCAACUACUUUUAUUCCUUUAACUCCCGUUAACUUACAAGGAGUAAGUUACAUUAGAUUAUAAGAUGUUUGCAUCCUCCGUGCUAUGUAUGUAUAUUGCUUCGUGCAACUUAGCUAGUAAUUUAUCUCUAUGUUUAAAGUUUUAAACCAUUGAUUCCUACUUUUACCAAUUUUCAAAAUCA